GUAAGAAAAUAAUACCCACAUACUGGAAACGCGUUGAUUAGAAACUACAAGAUUUGGGCCGCUCCUGAACCUUCUAAAAUCUUGGUCUUUUCCCUUUCUAUCGUUUUAUUCACUUAAAUGAAGAUAAAUUAAAGGGUAAAUUUAAAAAUAAUUAUUUUUGUUUAAUUCAGAUUAUAUUUUAGUUAUUUAUAUUAUCAUAACGAGGUAAAAUAUAAUGUGAAGUAAAUAAAAAUGAACAAAAUCUUUCACUUCUCUGUCAAACUGAGCCUUCUGCAAAGCUAACCAAGAGAAGGAGCCUUCUCUUUUGUUUUGAAACCCUAGCCGCCGUGAGCUUUCAUCGCCAUCAAAUCGUCGUCAAGGGUUGUCUCCAACUGUCAACCCUUUUAAGUCGCCCCUCUAUUUCUCCUUUUUCAAAACCUUCGAUUCGAUUUGAUUUUGGAUUCAAGGCCCUUUCUGUUAAGUUCUUUUUCUCCAGUUCGUUUUUUUCAGGUCACCAAGUGCUCGACGAUAUUACUCAACGAACAAAACUAGAAGCUGAUCAUUUUACUCUCUUGAUCGGAUCACCAACUUUCUUCGGUGGGAUGCGAAAAUGCUAAAAAUACACAAUUAAAAGCUUGAAUAUUCAAGAUUUUUCUCGAGAUGGUUUAAUCUGUCAAUACUUUUGCAAAUUUUGAUAUGUCUCUAUACAAGUAAACAUCAAGACAAAAGAAGGUUUCUCUUUUGAGGAUGUCGACAGUGUUUGAAGGGGGGCUUCAAUUUGUCCUUUGAUUGACUUGGCCAUUCAUAUCGACGCAAGGUUUAAGCAGGCUUUUUCAAGUCGAGAAUGCACAGAUCGUUGGUUCGGCCAUUCAUGGGGGUGCGUGGGUUUUCCUCAACCUCCAAGAAAAUUGUGGCGUCGGUACUGUUCGAGAGAUUACCUGCCAUUAUUCCCAAAUUGGAUCCUGUGGUUUAUGCAUUUCAAGAGUUUUCCUUUCGAUGGAGGCAGCAGCAUCGACGCAAAUAUCCUGAUGAUUUCUUGGACAUGUCUAAAUCUAGGGGAAAAGGUGAUUACCAAAUUGACUACGUUCCAGCUCCAAGGAUCACUGAAGCUGACAAAAUGAAUGACAGAAAGUCAUUGCAGAGAGCACUUGAUACAAGAUUGUAUCUUCUUCUAUAUGGUAUCAGUAAUGCAGCUCCUUGCGGGAAACCUGUGUGGCAUUUUCCAGAAAAAGUUUAUGAUUCAGAGGAGACGUUGCGCAAGUGUGCAGAGUCUGCCUUAGCAUUCGUACUCGGAGACCUCUCUCACACUUAUUUUGUCGGAAAUGCUCCCAUGGGGCACAUGGUUAUACAGCAGAUGGAGAAUGUGCCUGAACCAUUUAAGCGAUUUUUUUUCAAGUCUCAAGUGAUUGAUACCAACAAGUUCAAUAUCCAGAAGUGCGAGGAUUUCGUUUGGGUGACCAAAGAUGAACUCUUGGAGUAUUUUCCUGAACAAGCUGAAUUUUUUAAGAAGUUGAUUAUCAGCUGAUGGCAAACUGCUUCAUUCAGUUUCCAAGCCAUACAGGUCUUUCAUAUAACCCAAAUUUGUGGUUUACUUGUAACUUUGCAGUAGUGUCCAAGACUAGAAAACCAAACAUCCGAACGUGACUCAAUUAGGCAAAAAUAACGAAAAGUCCAUUGGCUAAGGAUGGAUUGAAUUGUCCAAUACUUUUUCUUAUGUUGGCGACUAUUGAUGCAUGGUCUUGUUUUAUUUUAUUACAUAUUCCUCUCAUAUCUACUGCAAUAA